CAUUCAUCUGCCGCUGUGUAUGCUCUAUCUCCUCGAAGAUGUCGUCCAAAGACCGCGAAUUUGUCGUUCGGAACGGUGUGGAGAGCGUGGAUAAUGGAUUAAGCACAUUUUUGUUUACUUCGGAAUCUGUCGGAGAAGGACAUCCAGAUAAAUUAUGUGAUCAAGUCAGUGAUGCAAUUCUUGACGCAUAUCUUGAACAGGAUCCAGAUGCAAAAGUAGCUUGCGAAACUGCUGCAAAGACUGGAAUGGUGAUGAUCUUCGGGGAGAUAACUUCUACAGCUCAUGUGGACUAUCAAAAAAUAGUCAGGAAUACAGUGAAAAAUAUUGGUUAUGAUAACUGUAACAAAGGAUUUGACUACAAAACCUGCAAUGUUUUGGUUGCCAUUGAGCAGCAGAGCCCCGAGAUCGCAUCUGGGGUGCAUCAAAACAAAUCAGAAGAAGAAAUUGGUGCUGGAGAUCAAGGCUUGAUGUUUGGUUAUGCUACAGAUGAAACAGAAGAGUGCAUGCCUCUGACAGUUGUUCUGGCCCACAAACUAAAUGCGAGGCUGGCCGCUCUCAGAAAAGAUGGAACAUUUUCGUGGGCAGGACCAGAUUCCAAGACACAAGUGACGUGCGAGUACUACUUCCAGCACGGUCAGGCCAUCCCAGUACGAGUCCACACGGUGGUUGUUUCCACCCAGCACAUGCCGGAGAUUCCGUUGAUGGAAGUCCGAGAGCAAGUGAUGGAGCACGUCAUCAAGUUCUGCAUCCCUCCCAAGUACUUGGACGAGAAGACAGUCUACCACAUCAACCCCUGUGGAGAGUUUGUCAUGGGAGGUCCCAUGGGUGAUGCUGGCCUUACUGGACGCAAAAUCAUCGUAGACACAUAUGGAGGUUGGGGGGCCCAUGGGGGUGGAGCCUUCUCUGGCAAAGACCCAACCAAAGUGGACAGAUCUGCUGCCUAUGCAGCGAGGUGGGUUGCUAAGUCUUUGGUGAAAGCACGCCUCUGCAAGCGUUGUCUGGUUCAGAUCUCUUAUGCUAUUGGUAUUGCGGAACCACUGUCUAUAACAGUUUUAUCUUAUGGUACAUCAGACAAAUCUCAGAAAGAAUUGUUGGCAAUAGUGAAGAAAAAUUUUGACUUGAGGCCUGGUAUUAUUAUUAAGGAGCUUGGUUUAAAGAGACCAAUCUACCACAAAACGAGUGCUUACGGACAUUUCGGCCGCUCGGAGUUCCCCUGGAAAUUCCCAAGGAGUUGGUUCUCUGAUGCGGACAUUAACGGAGAGACUCGAGUGCAGCCGACACAGAGUGUGAACCACAGUGGAUUUGCCGGCAAUCCGCGAGUCUGUGCCUUUCUCUGCGAGACUGACUGGCAUCCCGCUGCAAAUGUGUAAAAAAAAUUAUUGUUCUCCAUAGAAGACUUUUCUACUCACUAGGAGAGAGCUACGGGGGGAGGAAUCAAUGCUCUUGUUGUUCAAAUUUACCUUUUAUGUGUCGAGUGCCAAGUGAGGAGGAUUUGAUGCUUUUGUGUUAUUUCGUAAUGAUGACAGCCAUUUUGAUGUUGAUUAUGGCAUGUCGUCAAUACGUGGUUUUAGUGCAAAAGGUAGCUGAUGCUGAGGAAAUUUUUUAUUGCAAUUCUAACAAAGAUUUCUUUUAAUCGGUAUGAGUUCCUUUAGAAGAAUUUUCAAAAUUAUUUUGUACAAGAGAUUUCAAAGUUUUAAAAUCAAGCUGAUUUUUUUCGUUAACUUGCCAAUCUUAUGAGUUUUCACCUAUGUCUAAUUUUGAUCGACUUAUAUUAUGAUAAUUUAAUAAAUAUUGCUUGAAUUAGUUUAAUGUAGUAAAUCGUUUCUAUAAUGAUAUGAAAGGAUUAUCGUUUAAAGAUUUCAAUCUUUUUACAACGAUUAAUUAAUCAAUUUGAAACUCCAAUUGCAACUCAGUACUUCUGGUCAAUUAAUGAGUUUUUGUGUGACAGAAUGGUUAUAACCGACUUUGUUUUAUGAGUGUGUAUAUAGUCAUAUAAACAAUACAGUAGAGUACCGAUGAUGCGGAAUCCAAUAUUGGAUUAAUCGAGGACAAUGCCCGAGUUUUUCGUUAAAUCGGAUCUGCCUUAGUCCCGACCGGCAAGGUUGCUAGAUUUUGUGAAAUGCUUAGAAAAGUAACCAGAGAUAAUAAUUAGGUUCCUAAAUUUUUCUUUCAACUGCAUUCUGUAUCUGAACAGUUUUUUUUUUACAUUAUAAUUGUUCAUGAAAACGAGAGUACAGUUUAAUCCCAUUAAAAGGGAACUUGCUAUUUUUGAAUUCAAGCAAUGUAAUGGCAGUUAAAACGGAACCGAACUUCUAUUUCGUUGAAACUAAUAUUACGUUGCAUUAAAAUUACUGUAUUUGAAUAAGAAGUCUGGGGAAAUUCUAUAUAUUUCAAGUUUUGCUCCAAUUUUGAGUAGCGAGUGGACUGAAAACAAAGCAGUUGUCGUAUCCACUCUACGUUGCCCAAUCCGGCAACAUUGUCAACAGGUCCGUAUUGUCUGCCCUCUACUGUAAUUGAAUUUUGCACCAGCAAAGAGCAUUGAUUUUUCCAACCAAUGAAAUUCAGCACAUUUGUCUUGUGUUUAUGAAAAUUCCAGUGGAAAAGAGCACUUUUUUUAAACACUCGGGUUCACACCCUGGAUAAAGGAUUAGGCUUAGUGGAGAACCAAGUCCUGAAGCAAGUAUGCAAGAAGAGAAUUUUUAUAAUUGUUUUAAUUGUAAGUUUUUAUUGCCUCGAAAUUCAUUGUCUUUUAUUUCAAUCAAAUAUUAACUUGCAAAAUGUGUUGUAUACUCGAAUCAUCCUGACUUGCGAUUAGAUUAUCACCAAAGUUGUACAAAUGAGAACUACUUUGAUAAGUACUUUUUUACUAAUAAUGUAUGAAGUAUUUGGUAAAUUUGUUCUAGAAUUUUUUAACUUGAUUUACUUUUUUCCUUCUAGCUUUGUACAAUUUUCAUUAACAUUUUUUUUUUAUUUAUUCAACCAGACAUCAAUGUCUUGAUAGUGAAUGGCCAGUUUGAGGAGAUGUUGAACGUGAAUUGUUUUUUUAUAUUUAAAGGAUCAAUAAAAUCAAGAAUCUUG